CUUCCUUUAAACCCUGCAGCUGACUUUAUACAAUCGGUCCUUCGUAAAUUUAGCAGCGUAGAGAUCUACGUUGGAUGAAAAAGAGUGUGUGAUCAAAGUGAUGGGUCUCUCCUCUGGUGUGUGGACACAGCAUGUUUUCAGCCGAGUUACCGUCAUCUGGUUCAUGUCAGCAGUCGGCUGUGUUGUCAGUCAAAGUCUGGAGCUCCACACCAUUUCCCAGUUGUCUGCACAGUGUGGAGAUAACCUGACAUUGCCAUGUGAAGCCAGCUCAUCAGGCCAGUUGAAAAUUAUAUCAUUUGAAUGGCUGAAAAACAAAAGCGUAUGUCAAUACAAAAAUGGCAGUCAUGACCCCAAGGUUCUGUGCAGCACAGCUGAGCCUCCUCAAUACAGCCUCACUCUGACCGUCCUCAAUGUGAUGCCGAACGACCGGGGAACGUACCACUGCAAACUACGCUCCACUUCUGGAGUUAAGGAUAAGACAACUGCUGUUACAGUAAAAGACUGCCUUAAAGAUUCUGGCUCCAACUUCAGUGACUCGAAUGCUAAGUGCUGGUUCACUGGAGUUUACCCCAGUGGCACUGUCCACUGGUCCCAGGGAGACCUUAACUUAACGGGCUUUUCCAGCACAGAGGAAACGGUGGACUCUCUUGAACUGUAUGAGAUCCGGAGUACGGUAGAUGCACAGAAAGGAAACCUGAGCCAGCCGUAUAAGUGCUCACUGUGGAUACCUUCUGCCGGGAAGUAUCUCCACAGUCAACAGGUACAUGUGACUGGAAAACAGACCAACAGGUCACCAGGAGAUGUGGUCAAACUGCUUUGGAUCUGCAUAAUGGUGGAAAUCAUCAUGUUGAAAUUUCUGAUAUAACAAACAAGUAGAAUUCAAGCGUUGACUAAAAAGAUUGAUAAAAACAGAAAUGAAACAUGUAUUAGGUGUAGUGGACUUUAUGUUUAACAGGCCUGAUAACAUAUCGCAUGCUGUCUGUUAUUGCUGAACACUGCUACUACUAAAUGAGUAUAUAUUUUGUUUAUAUAAUCUUUUGUAUUUGAGAGCCAUGCAAAAAGGCCCUUUGGCAGAUUAGACAAUGCAGAUUUUACCUUAAAAUAUGAAACUGCUACUUUACAGAUAAGGCACUGUUUUUUUGUCUGUCUUGUUUAACUGGUAGUUUGACUGUGACCAGUUAAAUACUUUAUCAUGGCCACAGGGGGGCAGUCUUCCCAUGCAGGAAUGACAGCUGAUUUACUGCUUUUACAGGCCUCUUGCGUAUUAUAAACAAUGUAAAGGAGGGCUCAAUCAGUAUUCUGAAUUCAUAGCAAAUACAUGAACACUGAAGGAAAGGAAAGUAGUAGUCCAAAAAAGUUGGACAAAUCCUUUAAGCAGACAUGCUUCAUGUGAAUGGCUUAGCAGUUACCUGAGGGGCAAUGAAAAUAAAAUGAUAUGACACAUAAACCACAA